CAGGGGGCCCGCCCGCUUAGUUGUUUCCGGUUCGAUAGGUCCAAGAUGACGGAGCCAGGCGCCUCUCCCGAGGACCCCUGGGUCAAGGUGGAGUAUGCCUACAGUGACAACAGCCUGGACCCUGGGCUUUUUGUAGAAAACACUCGUAAGGGAAGUGUAGUGUCCAGAGCUAAUAGCAUCGGUUCCACCAGUGCCUCUUCUGUCCCCAACACAGAUGAUGAGGACAGUGAUUACCACCAGGAGUCCUACAAGGAAUCCUACAAAGACCGCCGGCGGCGAGCACAUACCCAGUCGGAGCAGAAGAGGAGGGACGCCAUCAAGAGAGGCUAUGAUGACCUUCAGACCAUCGUCCCCACCUGCCAGCAGCAGGACUUCUCCAUUGGCUCUCAAAAGCUCAGCAAAGCCAUCGUUCUACAGAAGACCAUCGACUACAUCCAGUUUUUACACAAGGAGAAGAAAAAGCAGGAAGAGGAGGUGUCUACACUACGCAAGGAUGUCACAGCCCUAAAGAUAAUGAAAGUAAACUAUGAGCAGAUUGUGAAGGCACAUCAGGACAACCCCCAUGAGGGAGAGGACCAGGUCUCUGACCAGGACAAGUUUAAUGUGUUUCAAGGUGUCAUGGACUCCCUGUUUGAGUCCUUCAAUGCCUCCAUCUCUGUGGCCAGCUUCCAAGAGCUAUCAGCUUGUGUUUUCAGCUGGAUUGAGGAGCACUGUAAGCCUCAGACCCUGCGGGAGAUCGUGAUUGGCGUCCUGCAUCAAUUGAAAAAUCAACUUUACUGAUGGCUCUUGGAAACAUGCAGAAUGGCCAGCAAGAGAUUUUUGAGUUUCCUAUUUGGUCUUGGGACUGCUGGGCCUGAGAUUGGACUGUGACACCUCACACCAGUCAGCUGGUUUCUACUUGGUGUUUGGUCUUCCCAGCUUCACUUCAUCUUCAGUGGAGUUGGGGGUUUUGUUUUGUGAAAGCUUCUGAUUAAUUUAUUAUAUUGACCAUAAAGUCAAACCUACCCAGUCUUCUUCUCCCUGUAAGUCCUCAGGACCGGAGUCUGUUCUGAGUAUCCCAAAGAACUCCUGGCCUUUCAGCUCUUUCUCUAAACCUCGGAUUUCUGUUCAUGAUUUGUGUGUACAUGGAAACUGCCUGUUUUGGUUUCUUGGGUAACAUGACUCAAGCAUGGAUGUUUUAGAAGUAGUUGGGUGGGAGAAAAGGAGUGAGAGGAAAUAGUCCCACAGCCAUGAAGGUUGAAAGGCUUAGACUAGGGCUGCCUGGUUAGUCUAAGAUGAGACUGGAGCUUUCUGGCCAGCUGAGGGCAGGGCUAUUGGGUUUCUAUUUUUGCCUUAUGUUCCAUCACCUCCUUCCUCCCUAUCCAUCCUUGCCCUGUUCUCCAGCAGUAGUCCUGCACAGCAAAGGCAGAUGAGACACAGCACUACAAACUUGAAAUUUUUUAUUUUUCUAAACAUCAACAAUGCAACUUCAGUACAGUUUCUGGGCCUCAAAAACCACCUCAGUCUUUCUGUCCAGUUUCUCUAUCAUCACCCAGUGCUGUCUGCACUUCUCCCAGGACUUAGGAGUGGGGGGAAAGGGUACAGAAAAUAAUCAAAAUGUGUCCUGGGAUGAAAGUACUGGGGGAUGUCUUAGGCUUCUCAAAUGCUGAGGUAUAGCAGCCUCUCUCUACUUUAUUUCCCAAGCUCCCUGCUGCUUUCUUCAGGUUUGAUGUCUGGGAGGUUUGAAUAUUCAGAGGACAUUAAAUAUUUUUAUAUCAAAUUAUAUCACAAUAAAUAUUAUAAAAUGCU